AUGCUGGUGAUCAACCACACCCCCAACACCCUCACCAAUCUUACGGUCGAGCUGUCGACCAUGGGAGAUCUCCGCCUGGUGGAACGGCCACAGUCGCACACCAUUGGCCCGCUUGACUCGCGCAAUAUCCGCGCCAACAUUAAGGUGAGCAGCACCGAGACCGGCCACAUCUUCGGGACUAUCGUUUACGAGAACAGCUCUACCGCGGAGAAGACGUACAUCAACCUCAACGACAUCCACAUGGACAUCAUGGACUACAUCAAGCCCGCCUCGUGCAGCGAGGAGGCUUUCCGCUCCAUGUGGGCCGAGUUCGAGUGGGAGAACAAGGUGGCUGUCAACACGUCGUUCACGGACUUGAACGCCUUCCUGAAGCACCUCGUGGCCAAGACCAACACGAACUGCCUGACGCCACUUUCGUCUUUGGACGGAUCCAGCUCGUUCCUCGCGGCGAACUUGUACGCCAUGAGCGUGUUCGGCGAGGACGCCCUGGUGAACGUAAGCGUCGAGAAGAAGAGCGACGCCGACGGAAAGCUGAGCGGGCACGUCCGCAUCCGCAGCAAGACCCAGGGCAUCGCCCUCUCCCUGGGGGACCGCAUCACCCUCGUGCAGCGUGGACCCGGGGCCACAAAAGCGCAGCCAUAACUCUUGGUCCGUAGGCGUUGCAACGACAAAUCAGCUGCAGCGCGGGCGCCUAGCUUUGGGUUGCGUUUUUUUCAUUAUUUUGCAAGUUUUUGUAGGCAAAGAGCUAUUGGCCGUGUACCGACGGGACUGAUGUUGUGUGUGUGUGUUUUUUUUUUUUUUUUGCGCUAUGUUCGCGGUUUAGCUCAAAGAAACGGGUUCGGACUUUCCGUGCUGGGGGAGGAGCGAGAUCGUUUUUUCCUUUUUUUGAUUGCUCUCCAUCGUUCGGCCGUUGCUGCCCCCCAGGGGGUGCCGGGUCGAUUUCGAGCCUGAAGCGUGGCUUUUUUGCGACAUCGCCCGGGUGUUGAGCCUGAAGUCGCCGGCACAAAUCACCGAGGGGCUCAUGCUGCCCUUGUUAACGUGGCGUGGACACGCCUGGCAGGGCCCGCUGCCGGCUUCGUGUUUGUGGUCGAUGAAGUCGAAGGGAGUGGCGUGGCGUGUUGCUGACGCACGGCUCGACCCGUCCACAGGGAUAACAAGGGCGCGGGCGGUGUAGACGGGAUGUUCCGCGUGUGACAAUUAUUGAGAAAAACCGAAGGAGGCUUUGUUGCACCCUUUUUUUUUGGCGGCACUGCUAAGUCGUGUGGCCGAUAACGUUCUAUAUUUUUCCUAUGCAUGCCACACGAGUAGGCACGUGAGCACGACAACGUUGCGGCAUGUCGAUCGUGCUCUUCGCGGACGGUUUGUGGUUUUUAACCUCUCUGUGCUCAAAUUUCGUGUGCGCCUCCGUGUUAGUUAUGAUUCCUCCCUCCUGGUGCUCUCUUGCCGGAUGACAUUGUCGCGUAGUACUUAAGAGAGGUCAACAGUGUCUAAAAAGGUAUAAUUUCGACUCUACGGUUGACUAGGGCACGGGAUUGCUCCCUUUCUCGCGACAGACUGAUGAUGUCCAAGCGCCUCAGAAGGCAAGAGCGGGUUAACACCCGCAUUCAAAGAGCCCGAAUCCUUUGACCUUCCUCUG